GCUAAGCAAAUCCAAAAAAAAAGCGCGGCCCGAGCGCUGGGGGAACGACUAUCCAAGCCUCCGCAAUCCGCGUUACGUCUCGGCUUCGCGGCUCCUGACCUCCUACCUCUUCCCCGGUCUUCUCAGAGGUCCAGGCUCGACCUCGAUGGACGUCACGGCUCACCUGAAGUCUUUGCUGCUGGCCAUCAGCCAGUACAAGGCAGUCAAGUCUGAGGCGAACACUAACCAACUCCUGCGGCAUUUGGAGGUCAUUUCUGGUCAGAAACUUACUCGAUGGUUUACACCAAACCAGGUAUUACCUAGUGAAUGCCUGAGCUGCCUUGUAGAGCUCCUUGAAGACCCAAAUUUAAAUACUUCAUUAACUUUAAACAUCAUCAAUCUGUUAUCUCAACUAGCUCUAGACAGUGAUACCAGAGAGUGGCUCCAGAACACUUAUAAUCUGAAUAGUAUCCUGGGAGGAGUGGUGUAUCGGAACAGUACUGUCCAUAGUGACUCAGUAUCAUUGCAGUGCCUUCAACUCCUGCAGAAGCUGACCUACAAUGUCAAAGUUUUCCAUUCUGGUGCCAAUUUUGAUGAAUUAAUUACAUUCCUGAUAGGUCAUAUUCAGUCUCCUGAAGAUGAAUUAACGAUGUCUUGUCUAGGACUCUUGGCAAAUCUUUGUCGGCACAACUUAUCUGUUCAAACUCAUAUAAAGUCUUUGAGUAAUGUGAAGGCCUUGUAUCGUACUCUCAUAAGCUUUUUGGCUCACAGUAGUUUAACUGUGGUUGUGUUUGCACUCUCAGUAUUAUCAAGUCUUACAUUAAAUGAAGAGGUUGGAGAAAAGCUAUUCCAUUCUCAAAACAUUCAUCAAACUUUUCAGUUAAUAUUUAAUAUUCUUGUAAAUGGUGAUGGUACAUUAACCAGAAAGUAUUCAGUUGACCUACUUAUGGAUCUUCUCAAGAACCCUAAAAUUGCGGAUUGUCUCACCAGAUAUGAGCACUUCAGUUCAUGCCUUAAUCAAGUAUUAGGUCUUCUUCAUGGGAAGGAUCCUGAUUCUUCUUCAAAGGUUUUAGAAUUACUUCUUGCUUUCUGUUCAGUGACACAACUACGCCAUGUUCUUAGUCAGGCAGUUUUUGAAUCAUCUACUUCUGUUAACACAAGACUGGGAAACCAUCCUAAAUCUUUAGAACCAGCAGUUGCUCUGUUACGUUGGUCAAACCAGCCCUUGGAAGGAUCAGAAAACUGUUCUAUUCUAGCAUUAGAAUUGUUCAAGGAGAUAUUUGAGGAUGUCAUAGAUUCUGCCACCUGUUCCUCUACUGAUCGUUUUCUAGUCCUACUGUUGCCCAGUGUUCUUGACCAGCUUCAGUUUACAGAACAGAAUCUUGAUGAUCUAUUGACAAGGAAAAAAUGUGAAAGAAUAGCUAAGGUUAUUGACAUUUUGCUGACUUUGUGUGGAGAUGAUACAUUAAAAAUGCAUGUUGCUAAACUAUUAACUACCCUUAGAUGUACAACUCUAAUAGAACAGCAAUUUUCAUGUAGCAAGAUUGACAUUGAGUUUGGUACGAAGGUAGCAGAUUCUGAACUUUGUAAACUUGCUGCAGAUGUCAUUUUGAAAACACUUGAUCUUAUGAAUAAACUUAAAGAGUUGAUUCCUGGUAUGGAAGUCACUUUCUACAAAAUCCUUCAGGAUCAACGUUUGGUUACUCCUUUAGCUUUUGCCUUGACAUCAGAGAACAGGGAACAAGUACAAUGUGGACUUGGACUUUUACUGGAAGCUGCACCAUUACCAGACUUCCCUGCCAUUGUCCUUGGUGAAAGUAUUGCAGCAAACAAUGCAUAUAGACACCAGGAAGGAGAGCAUAUGUACAAAAGAAUCCAUGUGCAGUCAGUAACUCCAGCUCUUUCCUCAUCUCUAAAGGGCUCAGCUUCUCAUCUUUCAAAUGAUAGUAUCCCUGGUUUAAACAUUCAAGAGCUAAUACAGAAACUUCAGACAGGAAUGGAGAUGAAGGAUCGGAUGCCUGAUGUGAGAAUAUCUGACAUAAUGGAUGUCUAUGAAAUGAAAUUGUCUACAUUGGCAUCCAAAGAAAGUAGGUUACAGGAUCUUUUGGAAGCAAAAGCCUUAGCCCUUGCACAGGCUGACAGAUUGAUUGCUCAGUACCGUUGUCAAAGAACCCAAGCUGAAUCAGAAGCGAGGACCCUUGCUUCUAUGUUGAGAGAAGUUGAACGAAAAAAUGAAGAGCUUGGAUUGUUACUGAAAUCGCAGCAGGUUGAAUCAGAACGGGUCCAGAGUGAUAUUGAGCAUCUUUUCCAACAUAAUAGGAAGUUGCAAACUGUGGCUGAAGAACAUGAAGUGCUGAAAAAAUCCUAUGUGGAACUUGUUCAGAGGAGUGAAACUUUUGAAAGGAAGAAUAAAGAUUUACAGGUCACAUGUGAUUCUUUAAACAAACAAAUUGAAACAGUGAAAAAAUUGAAUGAAUCACUCAAACAACAAAAUGACAAAACAAUUGCUCAAUUAAUGGAAACAGAAGAGCAAAGAAAAGAAAUACAGAAUCAGCUAGUGGAGAGAGAAUGUAUAAUAGCAAACUUACAACAAAAAACAAAAACACAAGAGGACAAAAUGAGAACUAUGCAAAAAGAAGGAGAAGACAGGGAAGAAACUAUUGAAAUUCUGAGAAAAGAAUUAAAUAGAACGGAGCAAACAAGAAAAGAAUUAAGCAUUAAGGCUUCCUCCCUGGAGGUUCAAAAGGCACAACUGGAAAGUCGUUUGGAAGAAAGAGAGACUCUGGUAAAACAGCAACAAGAGGAGCUGAAUAAGCACUCUCACAUGAUAGCAAUGAUCCACAGCUUGAGUGGUGGAAAAUUGAGUCCAGAGACAGUGAACCUCAGCCUUUAGAGCUCAGACCAAUGGCUUAUGGUCUUGCGUGUGUGUAUGUAUGUGUAUGUAAUUUAUCUUGUCGUCUUCCUUGACCCCUCCCAAAAGAAGUCAGUAAUGACUUUACAAUGACAAGGAAAAUUAUUAACUCUUUUCAAUCUAGUAAAGAACUUGAUAUAAUCCAUGUGUAUAAUGUUUGGCCUUUUGAAUGGAGCAAAUGAAAACAUUUCUCAGAUGAUUUUUAUCCUGACCAAAUUGAGAGAUAUCAUGGCAUAGUGGAUAGAGGACUGGACUUGGAAAGACCUGAGUUCAGGUCCUACUUUUGACAUACAUGAGCUAUGUGACCUCAGACAAGUUUCCUAACCUCUCAAUGCUCUCCCAUUCAUAGAAUAUGAAUUAUAAGCAAAUUGCCAAUCUAUAACAGCUUUCCACUGGUGAAAUUAUAGGUCUGGAGCAAAAAAAAAAAAAAAUUGACUGGAUACAGUAAAUGCUAUUUUGAUUCAGAGUACUUUUCUUUCUGUAGUUUUAAAUACAUUGCUCUAAAUCCAAUUUAAACACAUGUCUUUAAUUCAAGUCAAGGUAUAUAAAGUCAAAAUAUCUUAGAAUUUUAGCCAAAUUAGAUGCAUUUGAGCAAUUCAUAAAUUAUACAUUAACUUAACAUUAAAAAUAUAAUAAACAUAUAUGUAUAUACACAUACAUAUAUGUAUGUUAACAUACAUAUAUGUAUAACUUUUAAACAUAUAGUAUCAUUGAUAUUUACAAUAAGGUACUUUGAAAAGUACUCUAUAUAUGUAUGCUGUGUUGUUCUUUGUGAAUAUACAUAGAAUUUGUAUUUUAAAUAUAUAUGUGUAUAUAUGUGUGUGUAUAUAUAUUUUUUUAUUUAUUACAUGCAAAAAACAGAAUCAUUUUUGACCAGGAUUUUGCCCAAGACCUAGGGGGAAAAAAAGUCCAAAAUAUUAGGAAGAAUCAAUCAUUGAGCUUUAGCAGAAUUUAAAGGAUUAACUAGCCCAAUAUCCUCUACUACUCUGGGUUUAACUCUUACACUAUUAUACUUUUAACUCUAAUAUUUCUGAUCAGUUUCCCUGAGUUUUUCCCAUUUCAGUCAGAGUUAUAUCUGAACCUUAUAAGAUGACAGUCGCCUAUUUCUGUAGAUUUUCACGAACAGGUGCCACAUCCUUUUUAGGUAGACUAUACAGGUUUUCCAUGUGCCAUAAUUUAACCGCAUUCCUUCUGGUUGUCUUUUCAUUAGGUGAAUGUAAACUUUUAAUAUGUAUAAUAUUAGUCCUUCCUUAUUGUCCCCUCCUCACAUCUUUCUGAUUGUUUAUUCCUUGUUAAGUUUUUCACUUCUUUUUUUAGAGACCAAGAAAAACACCUCAAAAUUAUGUUGGUUUUUGUGUUAUGACCUGAUGUAACAUCAACCAAAUAAGACAUUGGUUUUAGCCAAAAACAGUUUUGUUUUGCAUUUCUUAACAUACAGGCUUCAGUUUUACAAAUAUUUUCUUAACAGUAAUAUUUUUAAUAUUUUUAAACAAUUAGCUAAACUUUUUUUUUUUUAACUCUAAACUUUCCUCUUUUAUUCCUAUACAAAUAACUACAGAUUCUUCCAUGUUUUCAGUGGUUAUGUAAUGAAAACAUUUGCAAAAACUAUUAGUAGAUUGGCAAUACCCAAAUUGAUUGAAAAAUGUUUCCUGGUCAGAAAACAAACAAACAAACCUUAGUAAUGACUUUCUUGUCAGUAUUUGAACUAAUAACACAAAAUUUCUUUACCUUCUAAUAAUUUUUUUCACUGUAAAGCAACCUCAUUUUAGUCUUUAAAAGAUAAGAUUUUUUUUUUUUUUCCCAAUGUGACAUUUCUCUUUGGCACUCUCAUUCUUUUGGUUUGUGUAUAUUAGAAUUUAAGAAACACUCAGUAAAGACAUCAUAGCAGCAAAAAAUAAUGAUUCAAUUUAUGCUUUAUGAUUCUAUUUGCAUGAAUAUUGUGAAGACUCAUAUUUUUAGAAGAGGUUCUGUCUUAGUUAGAAACCCUAGUAAAUGAAAAAUGUCUUUUAAUUUUCUCUUGUCUUGCUUUAGAUACCAGACACUAAGCCUUGAUUUUACUCACCUGCCAAUAAUCAGGGUUAAUGCUGUUAAGUAUUAUGCUUGAAAAUAAAUGUGUAACUAUAAUCAUAAUUAUUUAUUUUACUAAUUGUUCAUUCCUGUUGUACAUAGAGGGUGGUAUUUAAGUUCUUUUUUUUUUUUUUAAAGAAUAGACUCAAAUCACAAAACUUAUUAGCAUUUUUCUUAAAUCCUUUCUUACUCUAGAGAUAUGAAAAUUUAAUUAAUCCUUAAUUUGAGGCAGUUAUUUUUAGAGUGGCAUAUUUAUUCCUUUUAGCUCCUUUUUCAUGUCUUGGAACUCCACUUCCUGAUCUGAAAUGGGGACCCAGCAGACACUGAUAAAACAUGUGUCUGACCACAGUUUAUUUCAGGGAACCCUUGUCAUUUCCUUGUGGUAACCCUGAAGUUCCAUGAAAUAAUGUGAAAAGCAAUUGAUUAGUUGGCAAAUAGGAAUGCAUACAAGGAAAAGUUUCUUAGCCUACCUGUUGACUAGAUUGUGACACUAUGGCUGAAUUAUUGCAAAAAUCAUUUUCUUGCUUUAAACAGGCUCCGUAUGUUUCAGGUUCUCUAUCCUUGCUAUACUGUAGUUGGAAUUCCAGGCAUAAAAAGCAUUGUAGAAGAGUUCCAAAACAUCAGAAUUUUAAAACCUCUGACGUGGAUCACAGUCUUUCUCUUUUCCUAUAGUUAGUGAAAUACAGUAAUAAAUUUUUAAUCAAGAUGCUGAGAAAUUGAUACCAGGGAAUUUGCAGGGUUUAGAAGUUUCUUUCAAAAAGUCAGUUGGGAUGCAAUUCAGUGAUAACAAGGCUCCAUUAUAUCUUUCAGAUGUAUGUUUAUUUUCAUGGGCUAUAUGCGAUCCUAAAUAUCAGCUUCACUUCAUACAAGCUGAAAUUUGCUCCCAUUGGGGAUGGCUUUUUGGUGCUCAAAUCAAUAGACUUUAAUCAUAUCGCUUCACAAGAAUUUCAUUAUGUUUUGGCAAUAUUUGUAUGUCUCCAUUAAAUCUGUGAUUGAAAUUGUGUUUCCAUCAGGCAUUUUGUAGUAGUGUUUAUAAAAACUGCUGACUUGAAGGUAGAUGUUAAGUUUAUAGAUAAUAUGCCAGAUAAAUGAUACUGAAAUGUUGAAGAGAAAAUUAAAUGUUUUAUAGAAAGAGAACAUUUCAGAAGUUCAUAUCAAGUUUAAUGUUCUCUUUUCAGGAAAAGUUUUAUACAACAGAUUGAUUUGAUCUAGCUAUUCAAUCACUGACUAGGAUUUUUCCUUUUUUAGAUAUUUUUUACCCAACUAAAUAACAUCUAAUUCAUUCUGCAUUAUUCUCUGACCUCUUCCUGAAAUGUUGUAUCUUAGGGAGAAAAGAAGAGCAUGACAGUUUCAUCAGCUCACCUUUAAGCCUUAAAGCUUUGUUUGAAUUUGAAAACUAUAACUUACAAAAUUAGAGGUAUUUGGGUUUUUUGGGUUUUUUUGAUAUCCUUGAGGUCACUGACUUUUAGUAUAGUAUCUGUCACAGCAGUGUACAUGCUAGGAUCUUUCUAUCUCUGUUACUUAUCCAUGCACAGUAAAUAAGUCUACAGAUCCACAUAAACUAUUAAUGUGUAGGUAAACAAAUGUGGUUGAGACUAGAAAAUUUUAAAAAGAUUUAAAACCAAACCCACAACUAAAACUAGAAUUAAGAGCAUAACUGUAGUUCACUUUGUUGGGAUGCAUACUAGCUAACCAAUUGUAACAGUAGUCCAUUAACACUAAUUAGAGGGAAAAAGUUGGGACUAGUAUUUCACUCCUUGCUCUCCAUACUUCCAUAGAAAACUUCUGUACUAGCACUGUGUAAUAAUAGCCUGUUUCAAUAAACAUGAUCUUCAAAUGUUUCA